UUACAUACCGUACAUGAGGUGUGUGUGUGUGUGUGUGUGUGUGUGUGUGUGUGUGUGUGUGUGUGUGUGUGUGUGUGUGUGUGUGUGUGUGUGUGUGUUGGGGGUUGAAACACUAUAUGAAGUUUGUAGAUUUCACGUGUGAAUCACGUGAAUAUUCAGGGGUGGAAUACAGCAAGAAAGUUUUAAAGGAGUCUGAAAGGAUGAUUAGAAAAAGAUUCCAGUUUUUUCUUUCAUCUUCUUCUUGGAACAAUUAUCUAUUUUGACGCGUGAAGAACGCCAGCACAUUGUUCAGCACGAGCAUCAUUUGAAAGCCACAUGCGUGUUUUAUUGUUCGGGGAUGACAUUGCUUCUCCACCUACAGCUCUGCACUGAUGGACACGUGAAGCUGGAGCAUUUAGAAAGGACUGAACGUGAGACCGCGCGUGCGUGCCCAGGAUGCACGCUUUCCGUGGAGGCUCGCGCAACCUGCGCGCCGGAUUCUUGGCGCUCGUGCUGUUUUUGCUCCAGGCGCGAUGCGGGAGCGGCGCGUGUCCUGCGCCUUGUGUGUGCCACUUUACCACCGAGGUGCACUGUACGUUUAAGUCCCUGAGCAUAAUGCCCAGGGGGGUUCACUCAGAUGUGAAGAAAAUUAACCUGGGCUACAACAGCCUAACAAUCCUAAAAGAACAUGAACUGUCAGGUUUGAAAAGCUUGGAGUUGUUAAUGCUGCACAGUAACACCAUCCAAACCAUUGAGGACAGGUCGUUCGUCGACCUCAAGGCUCUGCAGGUAUUAAAAAUUAGUUACAAUAGAGUGAAAGAGCUACGCAAAGAUACAUUCCAAGGCCUGGACAAUUUGUUUCGUCUCUAUAUGGACCAUAAUGUAAUCGAAUUCAUCCAUCCAGAAGCUUUCUAUGGUCUGACUUCUCUACAGUUGAUCAAUCUCGAAGGCAACAUACUCCAGCAACUUCAUCCAGAUACUUUCAUAACUCUGAGACACAACCAGAUAUUCAAAUUUUCAUCUAUCAAGACCAUAUAUCUCUCAGAAAAUGCACUGACCACUCUACCGGCUACAGUGUUCACUGGUUGUUACCAGCUUGAGAAUCUCUUUCUCAGUGGAAACCCUUGGUCGUGCGAUUGUCGAAUGGACUGGCUUGCAGCAUGGAUCAAAAGGAAUCCAGGUGUCUUGAAAUGCAAAAGAGACAGGAAGCUCUCUGUAGAACAGAUGUGCCCCAUGUGUGACUCACCACUUACCUCCAGAGGCAAUAAUAUUAUUUAUCUGUCAAGUCAAGCUUACACAUGUUCUAAGCCAUGGAUUCAUUCCCGUUUGAAACAGAGAAAUAUCACAAUGGAAGAGAAUAGCUAUACUCAAGUUCUUCCCAAAGACUUUAUUGCUCCAAUAGGGUCGAUGGAAAUGAAAAUCAUAGACCAGUAUAACAAUAAUGCCAGCGUCUCCUGUGUUGUACAGAGGCCAGGGGGUUUGGAAAACUUGAACGUAACCCAAGGAGUAGUAGGUGAAAAUGUUACAACACUCAGUGCUACCGUGUCUACAUGGCUUGUUUGUAAUAUUGAUUAUGAUCACAUUCGACAGCUUUGGAACAUCUUGGCCUCGUAUAGUGAUUCUCCAAUGAGACUUGAGAGGGAAUUUCUUCUAACCAUGUCACCAGAAAUGAUCUACACCUACAAGCAAGCAAGAACAGCUGAUCCUGGGCUGAAUGAAAUGUUCACAGAGAUCGAGGCGGAAAUUAAGGCAAAUCCUGCAUGGUUAAUGCAAGGUACCAUUAACCUACAGUUGGACCUUACUACCACUACAUAUUCAACCCUCCACGUUAAGUAUUUCUCCAAUAUUGAAAUAAAUAUUGAAAGCAAUAAAGUGAGAAGAGACCGAUUCAGCUGGACUAUGAUCAAAAAGGACAACCAGACCAAGACUGAGUUUUCAGUACUUUCUGGUGGUGUGUCUGAACUGAACUGUGAGACCUUUGGUGAUCCCAAACCUUCCAUAGAGUGGAUAUUACCAGAUGGAAUAAAGGUCCGUGCACCAUAUAGCAGUGAGGACCGGAGGAUAGUUAUUUUAGACAAUGGGAAGCUUACUUUAAAGGCAGCAGAUAGCUCAGAUUCUGGUAUUUACCACUGCAUUGCCACUAAUUAUCUAGAUGCCGAUGUACUUUCUUUUAGGGUUACUGUACUGUCCCCAGAUGUUGAGGAGGAAGAGGUCAAUGGUGUUCAGCAUUCCCGAACAGUGGGUGGGAGCUUAGUUCUUGAUUGCGAAGCAAAUGGCACUCCACAAGCCACUGUUCAAUGGAUAUUACCAGACCACACAGUUGUGGACCGGUCUUUUGGAAACAGGAAAAUCUACCCAAAUGGUACUUUAGCAAUACAUCCACUGACUGAGAGAGACAGGGGUUUUUACAGAUGCCUUGCGGCUAACCAUCUUGGGGUAGAUUUAUUAACCUCCUUAGCAAAUGUUUCUAACGAUGUUUCAAAAGUUGUUCCACUGACCAGCAUAGAUGGCUCUGGUGAUGAUGAACUGCUAAGUACAGAAAAUAGACAAAUACUUUACAGUGAAGGUCUUUCUAGUAGAGUUAACCAGGAAUCAAGGACAAUUACUUCAGAUAGACCAUACCCAAGGCUCAAGCCCUCACUUCGCCAUGGAGCAACAAAUAGAAGGGGAGGUAGCAGACAAACCGGGUGGUCUAGAAGGGUGUUUGACAAAGCGUACAGGAGAGUAGACCCUGUGAGAUUAGCAGAUUAUAUCAAAAGAUCUCAAAACAAAAAAUCAGGGAAUGAUAAAGAUGGCCAUAUAAACCAGUCAGAUAAAUCACAAGCUAAUGUAGCACUUUCUGUCGAUGAUGAGACAGGUUCAGGAAUUUCAGGGUUUGAAGGUAAAGGUUCCAUGCCAGAUCAAGCGAUAUCAACUACAGAAAAUCCAGAAAAUAUUUAUGGUAGUGUUAUGACCACAUAUCACCUGCUAGAAAAUGAUCAGAAUAAGGUUACUGAAAUCACAGAGGUACUAAGCAAUUCUAUAGCAACAACAGAAAACAUGAGAACUAUCACAACAGGCUCCUACUCUCACAUAGACGACAGCCCAAUGGUGCCAAGUGUUACUCUUAGCAAUUAUGAAUUUCAAAAUGAUGAUGAGACAACACCUUUUAAAACCACCCAAGAUUAUGACAUUGGUCCUAGUAGUAGUAAAGCCUACAUCUCAGAAAGAAGCACUGAUACACCUUUGCAACCAUUUACCAUGAAGUAUACAGUUCCUGAGACCAUGGAUGAAAUGGAACUUCAAUUUUCUGGGGAUAUGCCAGAAACUGCAACUGACGACUUGCCACGUAUCGACACACAGAGCCGUAAUGUGGCAUCAGUGCUGGAUCGACCAACACAAAGGGUAAACCCAGUAGUACACAUGUCUGUCGAUCCUGAGAGUCAUACCACUUUUACAGCAAUCACUACAACAGAAAAAGAACAGGAUGAAAUCACAUUUCAUACUACGCAAAAAAUCAAGUCUCCACAUCUGCCCCCGGGAUCUACCAUCAUCUCACACCAGCAAAUAAAAAUUAUUCCUCCCAAUAAAAAGCAACCAGGAAGGAGACGUAAUUUUUUCAGCAGGCGCAGAAUUAUUCGGCCGAACAAGAUUACAGAUAUACAGUCCUUACUAGAUAAGCUCAAAAGACCUUCUGUAGAGUAUGAGAUCAAUGCCACUGUUCCAUACAAAGUGGAACUGACCACAAGUUGUGAUAAUGAGAGAGGAAGAAUGCCAACUGUAAAAUCCAAUGCAGAGCAUUUAACUAGAGGAUUUCAAGUGCAGACCUCUUCUGUAGGAAAAAUGGAAAAGCUCAUUACAACAACCCUGAGCACUCCAUUUAUUACUUCAUCGAUGAUAUCCCCUAAGUCCACUACUACAAAUGUCCCUGAACAAAAGCCUUCAGAAGGUCCCAUGAAAGAAGCUUUAACCACUGCUGCAUCUACAACAACUAAAGCUUCUAAAGUCAUACAGGGAAAGAUACCAUGGCAAAGAUUGUUCGGAAGCAAACAGGGUCAGCGGGAAAUUCUCAAGAGACUUAGAAAGCCAUCUAAACCAUCAGUAACAAUAAAAAGCAAAGCAACUGUCAGAACUAUGACCACAACUGCACCAUCAAUGGUUUUAACUUCCUUACCUACAGCUGAGUCAAUAGCUGCACCAAUGACUGCCAUACCUCAUGUCAGACAAGGAAAUCAAGGCAAUUUGGGGAAAUCCCCUGAAAACAUACCAAGUUUGUCAAAAUUCGCAGAAUCACAGAAUGCUCAUAAAGUCAUCUCUUUAUUUACAACUGCCAGUCCAUCUGGCAAGUACCAGAAAACAACAGUAAUGUACACAACAGCAUCUACACCUAUGUAUGCAUCCAAGGUAUUUACAGCUACAGCAUCUCACAUUACACCAAUACCACCAUCCAUGACAAAGAAGACAUACAAAGAAGACAUAGCUGAGUUCUCAGGGUCUUACUCUGGAGGGUCUGGGGGAUUUUCUGGUAGACCUUCACGAAUUCGAAAGCCUGGUUUCCACAGACGGCGUUUUAGAGGAAGACGGCCACUUAAAGUAUCUACCACACAAGCCCCAACUACCAAAUCUGCUACAUUUGAAACCACCACUUUAAUGCAACAGACAACCUCAAGAUUAACCAAGCCAUUCUAUAUACCUACUACAGAGGUUGCAAAAUCUACUAUAUACACACCAUCUGACAAAAUAGAUUCCGACAAUAAGGAAUUUAGAACCAAAGCCAAACCAACCAAUUUCCCAAAAACUCAUUCUAUUCCGAGCGAACUUUCACCUACAGCCAGCUUUUCUUAUACAACUAAUAUAGUAAUGCCCUACAACACACCACAGUCGAAAAAAAAGAAAACCAAAGCAAGAAUAAACUCCAAUAAAAGAAUCCCACCACAAAGAGGUGGAGGAAGGUAUCAAACUCAGAGACCUGUGAACAAAAACAGGGAGCAUCUGGAACAACUAACAACAACUGCUUCUCCGGUCACUAAAAAGAGGCCUAGUACCGAGAGGACACUAAUUUUUGAUGCAGUAACUGUUGUCACAACAGAAGAAAACAACAAGCUUACUUCAUUUCCAUCCAGCAAAAGUAUCUCUAAUCAAAUUCCAAAUAAUUAUGAUCACAUUACUGUUUAUGACACUAUAUCACCAACUACCAAAGGAUUUGAAUCAUCUACAAAUGACAUAGCAUCUAAGCCAAUAAUUGUUGGUGGACGUGCAGCCAGUUUUACAGUCGAAUCCAACUCUGAUGCACUCAUUCCUUGUGAGGCUUCAGGUAAUCCUGAACCUGCCAUCAGCUGGAAACGGUUUUCCCCAGACACAGGGACUACAUUAACCAUUAACGGAAAAUUGGGUAAAUUUGAGGUGUUCAGGAAUGGAACAUUGUUGAUUGAGAAUGCAAACGUCAAAGACAGAGGACAGUAUGUUUGUCUGGCUGAGAAUGCUUAUGGGUCUGACAAACUCACUGUCAUGCUGUCAGUGGUUGCUUAUCCUUCCCGGAUAUUGGAAGCAAAGGUUCGAGAGAUUAAAGUCCACUCUGGUGAAAAAGUUGAGCUGAAAUGCAAGACAGAAGGAAGACCUGUGCCAGUUGUAGCGUGGAUUCUAGCAAACCGCACUCAGGUUAGGGCUCAAAAUAAUGGUCAUGGCAGAGUAAAUGUUACAAAAGAAGGCACUCUGGUCAUCCAACAGGUAUCAAUAUACGAUCGAGGAUAUUAUAAGUGCAUUGCAAGUAACCCAGCUGGUAUAGAUACAGCGACCGUGCGUCUUCAGGUGGUGGCAGCUCCCCCUGGCAUUUUGGAAGAAAAACGGCAGCUGUUGAGAACUGAUGUUGGCCAGAGUGUAUGGAUGCCCUGUACAGCACAAGGAGACCCUCAACCCACUACGCACUGGGUUUUGAUGGAUGGGAGGGUUGUAAUGCCACUUUACAGUAGCUCCAGAGUGUACUCAUUUCCUAAUGGUACUCUUCACUUGAAAAACCUGGAUGUCUCUGACAGUGGAAAAUAUGAAUGUAUUGCUACAAGUUCCACAGGAUCUGAGCGGCGAGUAGUCACACUAUCAGUGGAAAAAACAGAAAUUGCCCCAGAAAUAAUUGAAACAUCUGACAAGAGUACUGAGCUGGCAUAUGGCAGCCAACUUCGUCUGAACUGUUCUGCAACCGGUAUUCCCAAACCCAAAAUUAUUUGGAGACUUCCUUCCAAAGCCCUUGUGGACCAGUGGCAUAGAAUGGGCAGUCGUAUCCAGGUGUUGGAGAAUGGCACGCUUAUCAUCGACUCAGUUAGUGACAAGGAUGCUGGAGACUACCUUUGUGUAGCACGCAGCAAUGCUGGAGAUGAUCUACAACUAAUGAAAGUCUUUGUGUCCAUGAAGCCAGCUAAGAUUGAACCCAAGUUUAUUGGUAAGAAACAGGUACCAUAUGGCAAGGAACUAAAGGUGGACUGCAAGGCUUCUGGUGCCCCUGUACCAGAGAUUUCAUGGGGCUUGCCAGAUGGUACAUUGGUCAACAAUGCUCUUCAAGCCGAUGGCGUAAUUAGAAGUCGAUCCAAACGUUAUAUAUUGUUUGAUAAUGGAACACUUUAUCUAAAUAGGGUGGGGAUGGAUGAAGAAGGUGACUAUACAUGUUAUGCAGAGAACACCUUAGGCAAGGAUGAAAUGCAUGUUCAAAUUACUGUUGUGAGUGCAGCACCUCGGAUACGCCCCUCGGCCCUCAAUUAUGCCAAGGUUAAGCCAGGAGGGAAUGUCCGCUUUGACUGUGAAGCCAUUGGGGAACCCAAACCAAAGAUUCUGUGGAUGCUACCGUCAAGUGACAUGAUUGCUGCAUCAAAUGAACGAUAUUUGAUGCAUGUCAAUGGAUCUCUCGAUAUCCGCAAUGUAAAAUUAUCUGAUGCAGGAGAAUAUGUUUGCAUAGCUCGCAAUGCUGCUGGUGAUGAGAGCAAAGUAUACAAGUUGGAAAUAGAUGGAAAUCCACCCAUCAUCAAUGGCUAUUACCAGAACAAGACAGUUGUUAAGGAUACAGCAGAAAAAUAUUCUAGAAAGUUCAUAGACUGCAAGGCAGAAGGAGACCCACCUCCAAAGAUCACAUGGAUAAUGCCAGACAAUAUCUUUCUUACAGCUCCUUACUAUGGGAGCAGAGUUAUUGUCCACUACAAUGGAACUCUAGAGAUCCGCAAUGUUAGACCUACAGACACAGCUGAGUUUAUAUGUAUAGCACGGAAUGAUGGGGGUGAAUCUGUCUUAGUUAUACACCUGGAGGUUACCAACCAACUUAUGAGGCCUAUCUUUAAAAACCCCUUUAAUGAGAGAUUGAUGACUCGACUAGGCAAAACUACAGUACUUAACUGUUCUGCUGAUGGAAAUCCACCUCCAGAUAUGAUCUGGACUUUACCCAAUGGUACACAGUUGAUUGGAAGGCAAAAUAUGGGAUCUCAUCAUCAUUUGGGCAGUGAUGGCACAUUUGUCAUACAUAAUCCAAGCAAAGGGGAUGCAGGCAAGUAUCGCUGUGCUGCAAAGAACAAGAUGGGAUACAUUGAGAAACUAAUUAUUCUAGAGGUUGGACAAAAGCCUUACAUUCUGACACGACCAAGAGGGAUUAUUCGUAGUGUGUCUGGAGAACCACUGUUCCUCCACUGUUUGGCUGAUGGAAGCCCUCGUCCCAACAUCCUCUGGACACUGCCAGGAGGUCAUGUCAUAAGCCGCUCUCAGAUCACUGGUCGCUAUCAGCUAAUGGACAAUGGUACGCUGGUCAUCCACCAGACCAAUUUACACGACCGUGGGAAUUAUAUGUGCCGUGCAAAGAAUAAUGUAGGGGAUGCACUUCUAUCUGUGCCUGUCGUCAUAGUUGCCUACACACCCCGCAUCACGAAUGGACCCCCACCAAAUGUAAGGACAACAACAGGCACUCCAGUGCAACUACCCUGCAUUGCUGUUGGAAUACCAAAACCAGAAAUCACCUGGGAACUGCCUGACCGAUCAGUUCUCUCCACAGCCGGAAAGGGACGUUCUGCAGGUAGUGAGCUACUCCAUCCAUCAGGCACACUUAUAAUUCAGAAGCCAACAAGAGCUGACUCUGGCACUUAUAAGUGCUUAGCAACUAAUCAUCUUGGAACAGACACCAGAGUCACAUUUCUGACGGUUAUUUAAAAGAGUCAACGAACAUCCACCAGCGCUUUUUAAAUCUUCAAGACAAUUGACAGACACCAGUGCUUCCAAAAUCUCCUUUGUAAAUUAAAUUCUAUUAUGGCAUAUUUUAUCAUUUAGAGUGGCAAGAACCUAAAUUUCCGACAAGGGCCUGAAAUCUGCAGUCAAGUACAACCAAAUAGUUAUAUGUUGAUACAAUAUGAGGCGCUAAUCACAGAUGCUAAUACAUGCAAAGCUGUUUCUGAGAUUGCUAUGUAUGUGAUUUCACUAUUAUUGCCCGUAUAAGUCAUAUAGUGAGCAGCUGACAACAAUAUAUAUAUUUUUUCAAUACAUUUUGUAACACAGUUUAUGUCGAUGUAAAAUAUUUGCAAGUUACAACAUUUAAGACUGAAUUAAUAUAUUUGGAAAACUAUCACAAUUUUUAUGUGAUUGAUAGUAUACACGUAUAGUGGUCUCGUUUUUAUAAUUCUACUAAAGAAACAAUAGUGUUUGUUACUAUAUGAAUGGCUUUUGAAGUAUUUUCUGAAACACUUGUGUUUAAUAUUUAUGUGACUUUUAUACUUUAUAAAAUAUUUCAGUAUUGUUUCACAUCAAUUGAAAUAUUUUCUUUCUGUAGAAUGUUAGGGUGCUUUCACACCUGCCUUGUUUAGUU